UUGUGCACUCAUUUCUCCUCCUCUGCACGAUACUUUUUAAUAGGAGAAAUGCGUCUAUAUAUUUAAUAGGUAAACUGUUGUGGUACUGCCUAUUAAAUGAAGGUAACUGACAAAACAGUUUCUAUCAAACAGUUUGUACUGUCACGAAGAAUUCGAACCUUGAAUAUCCAAAAACCAGGAACAAUUAAACGAUUGACUCAAUGGAUGAUUAAUUAAUACUGUUGUGAAGUUAUUGUGCUUCUUUAUUUUUAUAUAGCGCGCAGCCUUCACGAAUUGCCAUACCAGAAAACGUUCUGGGUGUUUUCCGAGCACCUUAUUAAUGGCAGGGACAGAGAACAACCCAACAGUGCUAUUGGAGAAAUAACUAAAAGGGCAUUUUCUUCAUGUUGACUUAAGUCUUCUGCGCAUGAGCAAUUAACUGGUUCUCCGUAGCAGUGGUAAAGUGGGAUACUGGCGCUUCUAAAGCAGCUGUCGGAGCAAUCGAAUGUGAGUGAUUUUUUUCAAGAGUAAAAAUAAUUUAACUUGGUUUGGUAAAUGUGUUGGAUUCAAACUGAAAGGCGAAUGAAAACGAACCAGAUGUAUCUUGAUGUGUCCAGUGCGUUUGUCUGCAGUAUUUAGGAAACUGAAGCGAGCACCUGCUUUCAGGACCUUGGAUAGCACUGUUUCUUGCGCUUCAGUGGGUUCUAGGUUCUAACUUUUACUAGCCGAGUUCACACAACUGGGACCAAUAUAUUCACAUAUAACGGGAUGAACUUUUUAAUAAAGCAGAGAGGCUACACAACACACUUGGGGUGCUGUCUUUCCCCUGGGCUCUAAGCAGCAGUAGUGAAUGGCUAACUGCUGCUGAGAAAUGGACUUUACAGAAAUCUUUCUGGCUUUGUUUAUUGCUGUGGUGUUGAUCACAUCUUUGAUAUCUAACUUGUUAGUGUUGGUGUGCUUCAUAUACAGUUCAGAUAUUCGCAAACAAGUACCGGGGAUCUUCAUUGUGAAUUUAUCAAUAUGUAAUAUUCUCAUUACGGUUAUUAGUAUGCCGUCCACUUUACUGGGGAUUAUUAAACACCGACAAGUAUUUCAUGAUUGCAUUUGCCAAACAGUUGGAUUUUUGGAAACUUUUCUGACUAGCAAUACCAUGCUAAGCAUGGCCGCGUUAAGCAUAGACAAGUGGAUUGCUGUGGUGUUUCCCUUAAGUUACACCAGCAAGAUGAAAUACAAGGACGCAGUUAUAAUGAUUUGCUAUUCUUGGGUUCACUCUCUCACAUUCCCCCUCGUAUCACUUUUUCUGUCUUGGGUGAAUUACAACAAAACGUAUGCAUCCUGCACUUUGUUUUUAAAGGAAGAAGCUGAAAGAAGAAAAUACACAGUUUUCACUGCUGUAUUCCACGCUGCCACUUUUAUGCUUUCACUUGUUGUCUUAAGCUUCACCUAUAUGAAGGUUUUAAAAGUAGCACGAUUUCACUGCAAGAGGAUAGACAUUAUUACCAUGCAAACUCUGGUUCUGCUGGUAGACAUCCACCCUAGUGUGAAACAACGCUGCCUCCAAGAGCAAAAAAGACGAAGACAGCGUGCCACCAAGAAAAUAAGUAUUUUUAUAGGAUCUUUCAUUAUCUGCUUUGCUCCAUAUGUUAUCACAAGAUUAAUAGAGCUCCUUCCUUUUGUCAGAGUGAACUACCACUGGGGUAUUAUAAGCAAGUGCCUCACCUACAGUAAGGCUGCAUUUGAUCCCUUUGUUUACUCACUUCUGCGUCAACAGUACAAGAAAGUUCUGGUCAACAUUGUCAACAGAAUGCUUAAAAGGGACUUGUAUCCAUCAUCAGGCCACAACAGCUCCUUGGAUACAGAGAAUGACUACUGUCUACAGAGAAACAGCUAAAACUACAAUUGUUGGUGUUAGGGAAUUUUGUUUACAUCGGCAAAUAAAUCCAACCACUGAAUACAGGAAACUGUACCAAGGAUUUCAAUAUUAUAUAUUCAUCAGGAACCAGUUUAGCACCUAUGGUUGUAGUUAAUCAGCAUCUACAAUGAGACUUAGCAUAGGGUAUUGUAGGAAUUCAGUACAGAGAGAAAGGGGAAGAAAAGAAGUCUAAAUUUAAAUGAAAGGAAGCAAAGCAUCACUCAAACAUUCAAUGAGUGUAAUUAGAAAAUAUAACUUGGAGAAGUAAUAGGAUUCAUGAAUGCUGAGACUAGUUAGUUACUCUGUACACAAUAUUUUUUUUAUUUUUUUGACCCUGCUGUUUAUAAAAGGGAAUGUCCAUUUUACCAUUUUACUCCUAGUACUGAAGACUCACACACACACACACACGCGCACACACACACACACACACACACACACACACACACACACACACACACACACACACACACACACACACACACACAUCAAAUGACUGCAUAUUAAGCUCAAUUAAAUUUUACAUUGCAGUAAUUUCCAAAUAAACUCUAACCCAGUGAUUUUAAUAGCAUUAUAUCCACUGUAAAUUUGAAAUUCCUUAAAAGUACAAAAAUAAGCAGGGGCAUUGAUUUUCAGUUUUCAAAAAAAACUGAAAUUCUAUUUAUAUAAGAUGAAAUCUGGAUAUUAUUCACAUUGUUUUAAAUGUAAUUUUUAGUCAUUACAGUGAUUCUACUAUAAUUUUCUUCUGCAUCUUUAUAUUGAAAAUUGAAACAGAUUGUAGGCAUAAAACACUCAAUGCAAGGUGACAAUAUUAUAAAUAAUGAAUAUGAGCAGACAUACAUCUUAUGGUGAAUUAGUUACCUGGACUAAAAUAUCAAAUUCCACGAAAAUUAUGUUUUCUCUCUUAAUUAUCAGACAGUCCAAAUUUUGGAUUUACUUCACAUUUUUCACAGAAAAAUGAAAAAUCAGUGCCCCUAAAAUAAGUAUUGUGCACUUUUAUGUGAUAGAAUCCUUGGAAAAGACCAGCCAAAGGGGGUAUUCACAGUAUUAAUUAUUGUUGAACUGACUUUUAAUAUUGAAUGUACUGUCAUAGCUUUGUCUAUAUUGUUAAGUAUUUGUAUUUUUAAUGUUAUAUAAAAAUAAGUUAUUUGUAUACUGAAAUGUUAUUUUUGCACUUGUAGAAAGGCAACUUUAUGUUACAGCUUUUAUAGAAAUGGUACUUGCUCAUAUUUACAACUUUAUUGUAGAGGAAUGGGUGUGAGAUGUAUAUUGUUCUAGAACAAAAUGUCUGUGAAAACAUGUUUGCAAUGUUAGAAAGUAUGUAACUGUUUCUCACGUCCACCAAAGUUUUGCAUUUAAUGAGUGUCAGUCUCUUCUAAUCAGACUGCAGAUCAGAAAUAAAGAGAGACGUAAAGUA